UUUUUUAACGGGCAGGAACCGGAAAUAACGCGCCGUCGCAGCACCGGAAGUGGUCGGGGACUGGCCGACAGAAGCGCGCUAGGGGACAUGGCGUAUCCCGGGCACCCCGGCGGAGGCUACUACCAGAGCGGGUAUGGUGCUGCUCCUGGAGGACCAGUGUUUCCGGGGCAGACUCAAGAUCCUUUGUAUGGGUAUUUUGCUGCAGUAGCAGGACAGGAUGGACAAGUAGAUGCUGAUGAGCUGCAGAGAUGUCUGACCCAGUCUGGCAUUUCAGGAGGGUAUAAACCUUUCAACCUAGAGACGUGCAGGCUCAUGAUUUCCAUGCUGGAUAGGGAUAUGUCUGGUAAAAUGGGUUUCAACGAGUUUAAAGAUCUCUGGGCUGUCUUGAAUGGGUGGAGACAACACUUCAUAAAUUUUGACAGUGAUAGAAGUGGUACAGUUGAUCCACAAGAACUCCAGAAAGCCUUGACAACUAUGGGAUUUAGGUUGAGCCCACAGACAGUGUCUGCAGUUGCAAAACGAUACAGCACCAAUGGGAAGAUUACAUUUGAUGAUUACAUUGCUUGCUGUGUGAAACUCAGAGCUCUCACUGAUAGUUUUCGAAGAAGGGAUGCAGCCCAGCAGGGUGUUGUGAAUUUCCAGUAUGAUGAUUUCAUACAGUCUGUUAUGAGCAUCUAAUUGAAGAUGAAGGAAAAUGUGGACAAGCAUGAUUAACAUUCCACUUAAUGUUUUGCUUUGCACCUAAAGCUAUCAUGGCCAUGUAACUAAAAUUAUUGGUAUUUACUUAUUUUAUAAAGAUACUGCUUUAUAUGUAAUUUGUUUUGAUAAAUGCAGAUGAACCAGGAUUUCAAAAAUGAAAGAUCAUUCUUAAACCUUGUUUAAUUUUUUAAAUUUGCGUAUACUUGUAAAUCAACUUUUUAUGUAUAAUUUAAAUGAUUAAAACUUGACUUUCCAUGUGUGUUUACUUUCCCUUCUCAUGAGCUAUUAAAAACAUUCAUCAUAGA